GAUAGGUUAGGGUAGUGUUGUGUGCUCUUCGUUUGGUGACACCUUUUCAAUAAAAUAUCAAAUAUGUCAGAAUUGCUGAGCACCGACGUCCUUGCCGUACUUAGCGUGGGUGACUACAUUUUUAUAGGAAUAGGAUAUACCCUACGUGUGUACGAGAAAUCAACUAACAACUUCAUAUCAAAGUUAGAUGUGUGUUAUCCAGAUAAAAUUCAUGGUAUCGUGAAAGGUCCUGGGAACUACUUGGCUGUAUUUGGUGGGAAAAAAAUAGGCAUAGUGGAAGUGAAAUCUUCUAAUAAGACGGCACUAAUCACAUUGUACAAUGAUGUUCAUCGAUUCAAUGACUGGAUAAUUGCUGCAGGUUGGUGUAGCAGCAAAAAUGAGCCUUCGAGGCUUGUCAUUCUCUUUGCACAUAAUUGCUUGUAUGUUUACGAUUGGCUGAAAAACGAGGCCCAGGAAUUCCAAUGUAAAGAAAAAUGUAUUUUAUACGGUGGAUCAGUCACUAGUGAUCAGGCUGAUAAUUUUGUAGUGUUUGCUGGUACAGUUUUUCAAGAAAUUGUCAUAUGGGCUGUACGAAAUUUUAACAAAGGGGAAGAGGUACCGGUUCUACAUCGCUUAAGAGGACACAAUGGUGUUAUUUUCUCUGUCACAUUUGAUCCCAUCACAUCUCUUAUGUGUUCUACAUCAGAUGAUAGAACAAUCAGGCUUUGGUCAGUUGGAAUUAACUCCUCUGAUAAUGGCAUUGCCAAAUGGAAAAAUGCAAAAAUUUCUCUAAUGACUACCAUGUUUGGUCAUACAGCCAGAGUGUGGAGAGCUGUGAUUAGGAAAGAUUUUGUGAUAAGCAUAGGUGAGGACUCUCUGAUGUGUAUCUGGACAAAAAGGGGUACCUUAAUCAACAAAAUAGAAGCGCAUCAUGGAGCACCUAUUUGGAGCAUUGAUGUGUCUGAGGAUGGAAAGACAAUCGUCACCGGAGGUGGGGAUGGAGCUGUUCAUGUGUGGCCGCUCAAGGCGGAUACGAAUUUCGAAACAAAAAUAAUUCCAUUGGAAAGUUCAAAUGACGUACCAAAGCACAUAGGAUUUUUAAAUAGUAGAAAUAUUGUCAUUAUAACACAGACGGGGAAAAUCUUGACUCACAAUAAAGAAUCUGGCCUGAAAGAAGUACCACUCGACACAACAAUGUAUGCUAGUUAUAUUGUGAUGCAGAUAUCCCCGGAUCGCAAACGUCUUGGUCUCGCUUCUUUGAAUGGAUAUUUAACUUUAUAUGAAGAUAACUCUGAAACAAGACAUCUAAAAAGAGUUUUAGAACAAAAAAUAAUGGAUUCUAAAGUACUCUCAAUGCAUUGGUUGAAUGAAGAUUCUUUAUUGUUAUGUGGAAUUGAAGGCUGUAUGAAAACGGUAAAAAUAGUGCAAGGUACAGCAUUAGUUAUUUCAAAGCAUUUGCUACCUCAGAGCCGAGAGCGUUGGACAACUACAGCUGUUGUAUAUGAAAAUCUCAUGAUCUGUGGAGAUCGAGCAGGAAGUAUUCAUCUUUUUCGAAUUGGUGAUGUGGGAAUUGACAAUCUGCCAACCGAUUACACGAAUUCUUCUCAUAUACAUCCCUUUCAAAGUCUGCUCAAAAUUCAUGGAAGACUAGGUGUACAUUCGUGCAAAAUUGUUGAAGAUAAACUAUUGACUACAGGCCGAGAUGGUACUUUGAGAUUUUACAAACUACAAAAAAUUGAUGGCCAGAAAACAAUAAGCCCUUUGCAUAUAGAUAAGAUGCCGAUGGAUUGGGUUAGCGUAACAUUGAAAACUUGCACUGAUCUCUACGUACUCGGUUUCAAAGAGGUUGAUUUUGUCCUAUACAGUACUGCACAUCAGCGGGUUUUGUUAAGAAUUCGAUGUGGAGGAGGACAUAGAUCAUGGGACUACGUAUUGAAUGACGAGAAUUUUUACUUUACUUACAUACGAGACAAACAAAUCCAUGUAGCCAAAUGUCAACCAAAUUUUCUAGCUACUCUUGCAGUGCAGAAUGGAUUUCAUACAAAAGAGGUGUACUGCAUUCAACCAAUACCAACAAUAACUGGUCAUAACAUAUUAAUAUCCGGCGGCGAAGAUCGUAUUCUUCGGAUCACACAUAUAAAACGUUGUGGCAUGGAUAGUAGUAUCAAUCAGAAAUUCACCACCAUGGCUUUAUUAAGUGGACACAUAUCGAGCAUCAAAACACUAUCGUCAAUUAAUUUACAAAACACGGCAGAAUGUAGCAGAAAUCUAAUAUUCUCUGGAGGAGGCAGAGCACAACUGAAAGUUUGGCUGAUAAGUAUGAAGUUCGAAAAAAAUGCAGUGCAUGUAGAUAACUUGAACUGUGUAGAAUUGGCAACGCACAUGUUGCGGGGCACCGAUCAGCAACAAAGAAAGUCUUUGCAGCAAGAAUUUCGCCAACGUCAUUACAUGGACCCUGAGACGCGGUACAUGAGCAUAAAUGCAUACAGAAUCCCAAGAAAACCAAAUUUCAUCUUACUACUAUUAGGUUGCUCAGAUGGAUUUUUAAGAAUUUUUUCCUAUGACAUUGAAACUUGCAACAUAUCCACCCGAACUGCUAUACCAUAUUAUAAUCGGUGCAUUAUAAUGACACAUUUGUUCUAUUACGAUGAAAAUUUAAUUGCUCUAACAAUGGCAACAGACGGUAUCGUCAAUUUUUGGUGCCUGAAUGAUGUGGUUAAUGAUAUUGUUGAAGAUUUAUCUGAUAAAGUGUCAAAAAUUCCUAUUUUGCCAUUCGCAAAACUAAGGCUUCAUCAAUGUGGUAUUAACAGUUACGAUUUGAAAAUGUUGAAAGAAUCGCUGUUUAUAUUGGCAACUGGUGGCGAUGAUAAUCUUCUUUGUCUCGUUAUGUUUGAAAUUAAAUCCGAGAAUGGAGCACUAAUUCUACAUAAAAUAAGGAAAUGGAAUUCUGCCUCAUCACAUUCCACACAAGUUACAGGAUUGAUAUUGAAUGAAACUGGUAGUCUUUUCAGUGUUGGGAUAGACCAGAAAGUUUUAACAUUCAACUACCACUACGAUGAUACAAAGUUGACAGUGUCCCUAGUAGAUGAAACAAUUACUUCUGUUGCAGACGUGCAAGGAAUGACAAUGUGUUAUGCUCAUGACAUUGACAGUACGCUGUUAUGUACUUAUGGCAAAGGAUUUGAAUUGAUAAGAAGAACACAGCGAUCUGCUAUUUAG